AUGGAGACCAACAAAGAAGACCUGGCUGACCUCUUGCAUAUCUCCUUUUCAGCUUGUGGGGCCCGGUGGAGGGUCGGGGGGCAAAGAUGUCUGUCAGCUUAUCCAGCUGCCAAGUACAAGCUACGCAAGAUCAGGAAGAUCUUUGUGGGAACCAAGGGCAUCCCGCACCUGGUCACACAUGAUGCCUGGACCAUCUGCUACCUAGACCCCCUCAUCAAGGUGAACGACACCAUCCAGAUCAACAUGGAAAUGGGCAAGAUCACAGACUUCAUCAAGUUUGACACAGGCAAUCUCUGCAUGGUGACCGAUGGAGCCAACUUGGGCUACAUUGGGGUCAUCAUCAACCGGGAGCGGAACCCUGGCUCCUUUGAUGUGGUCCACGUGAAGGAUGCCAACAACAACAGCUUUGCCACCCAGCUGUCCAACAUCUUUGUCAUUGGAAAGGGCAACAAGCCAUGGAUCUCCCUGCCCCAAGGGGAGGGCAUCCGCCUCACCAUUGCCGAAGAGAGAGACAAGAGGAAGGCAACCAAGCAGAGCAGCGGCUAAGCCCCAAGUGCAGGUGCAG